UUGAGCGAGUUUAAUCUAAAUGAGUCACUUGAAAACUCCUUGUUUUUAUUAAAGUUUCGAUUUAGUUAUUUUUUGUCCGUUGGUAUUGUAAUUAUUUAAGUAUUAAAAAUGUUCUCUAGUGGGCCAAACUAUACAAAAUUAAAGACAAACCUUCGUCUGGCUUUAAAUCGCCUUAAAUUGCUUGAAAAGAAAAAGGCAGAACUAGCACAAAAGGCUCGUAAAGAAAUUGCCGACUAUUUGGCUACGGGGAAAACUGAAAGAGCUCGUAUUCGUGUGGAGCAUAUAAUUCGUGAGGAUUAUCUUGUGGAAGCUAUGGAAAUAAUAGAAAUGUACUGCGAUUUGGUGCUUGCGCGAUUUGGAUUAAUUACGCAGAUGAAAGAACUAGAUGAUGGAAUAGCAGAAGCUGUAGCUAGCUUAGUUUGGGUGUGUCCUCGUCUGCAAAGUGAUGUAGCUGAACUCAAGGUUAUUUCCGACAUUUUUAUUACAAAAUAUGGUCCCCAAUUUGCGGAGCAUUCCCGCACUGCCACUGGAGAGCAUCAUGUGUCCCGAAAACUAAUGAACAAACUUCAACUACAAGCACCACCGAAACUUCUUGUCGAAAAAUAUCUAAUUGAAAUUGCAAAAAAUUAUAAUAUUGAGUAUGAACCCGAUCCACAAGUUAUGCAGGACGAAACUCCGAAUGUAGCUGAGGUACAGGCACAUUUGAUUGAUUUAUCGGAUAGAAACAAUCUUGGAGGCGGUGGAGCCGUAGGACCACCCCCACAAAUGGGAUUCAUCGGAUAUCCCUCGCUUCCUCCAUUGCCUGACCCACCAGUAGCGAAACCAUUCAAUUAUCCACCUCCAUAUGGUCAAGGGUCUGAAGCUGGUGGUGCUGGUGGAGGGCAUCCACAACAUCCAUUUUCUUACAAUAUACCUCCAACACAAUCUAGUUAUGAGCAAAAGGAUUUAAAUACUUCAUUUAUAAAUAAUGAGUUGACCAAUGACCUUUCGUCAAAUGCAGCAGGAGGCGCAACUUCUUGUAAUUACGCCGAAAACAGUCCUGAUGAAAAUAUUUUGCGUCCUAAACCAUAUGAUGACCCCCCACCACGAUAUACAUCAAUUAAUCCUGUAAAUAUGCAGCUAUUUGGCAUAAAAUUGUGCAACAUAGCGUACUUCAAACUCGGGAAAAUAAAUCUUGGAUACAUUAUAUUUAAUUUCAGGACAAAAAUAAGCCAAAACCACAACCACGACAAAAAUUGCCGCCUCCGGGUCCAAGUGCACCACCAGCUUCUUCAGACAUACCAAAUUUGCCCAAUGUUCCUCAGGAGAUGCCUGAUAUGCCGAGUGAUGAAAACAAACCCAACAACACUGAUAACGACGACAUAGAUUUCGACGAUCUGUCACGUCGUUUUGAAAAUUUGAAAAAACGCAAAUAAACGCAAUACUAUAUAGGAUUCGAAAUAUUGUAGAAUAUUAUAUGUUUGUAUAAGAGUGAAGUUGAAUAUGAACCAUAUUAUCACCAAUAUAUGUAUAAACUGUUAAUAAUAUAAUGAUAAA